AUUCCGGUAUCCGAAUUGGUCCUGUUGUCAAACGAGAUGUCAUGAAAGCCUCGACGAUGCUGGAGCAUGAAAACCAGUACGCCACCAUUCUGGCGUUCGACGUCAAGGUGGAGCGGGACGCCCAGGAGCUUGCGGAUAGCUUGGGCGUCAAGAUAUUCCAGGCCGACAUCAUCUACCAUCUGUUCGACAAGUUCAUGGCGUACCGGGAGGAGAUCAAACAGCGCAAGCGCGAAGAAUUCAAAACCAUCGCGGUGUUCCCGUGCAAACUUAAGAUCCUGCCCCAGUUUGUGUUCAACUCCCGUGAUCCAAUUGUGAUAGGCGUCAUCGUCGAGGCCGGUGUCGUCAAGGAGGGAACCCCGAUUUGUGUGCCAAGCAAAGAGUUUAUCGAACUCGGAAUUGUGACGUCGGUCGAAGCUAACCACAAGCAGAUCGAAACUGCCAGGAAGGGGCAGGAAGUGUGCAUCAAGAUCGAACCGAUCCCCGGAGAAACGCCGAAAAUGUUCGGUAGACAUUUCGACGAGACCGAUAUGCUGGUUAGUAAGAUAUCGCGACAGAGCAUCGACGCCUGCAAGGACUACUUCCGGGACGAUCUGCUGAAGUCGGACUGGACCCUGAUGGUGGAGCUGAAGAAGACCUUCCAGAUUUUGUAGUUUCCUUCUUUGGGUAUAGUUUUGCACUAUUUAUUUCCUGCUUGUUGUUCUUCUUUUUCAAUCCUCGUAUUUUCUUCCGGCCGCGCCUAUUUCACACUCCCCAGAAAAAAAAUCGAUUAAGCAUGGAGUGAAAGUCUGCAGAACCAAACGUACUUUCAGUAGCAAACAAUUGUACUUUUCACCCCGCCCCGAAAUACCUCCAGCCUGCCACCUCUCGAGAACCGUAAGACUUGUUUAGGAAUGAAUGAAUAAAUCCGAAUAAUGCGUAACUAGUUUUGAAUUUUUUUUUUUCUGAAUUGUUACCACGGCCUUAAGCUUAGUGGGUUAUUUUAAAGGUUUGAUCCUCUUAACUUUCAGAGUAUCGUUAGGUCAUCAGUAGCAUAUGAUAAUCAAUUUAACUGUUCGAAACUAUUUUUUUUUUUUGCUGCUCUUUACCCAAAGGGUGCAACCUUAUUCGUUUAAUUUAUGGUAGCAAUACUAAAAAUUUGAUUAAGAAGAAAGGUAGUAUGUUAACAAACCGCACGAGCAGCUUCCUCAGUCAGGUAGCGGUGUUUUAGUUUGAUUUUGUUUUUUUUUCCUUAGAAUUUUCGUUUUGAACGACAUUUGGCCAUGAUCCAAUUGAACCCCGCAGAAAAUGAUGGUAGCAGAAGAAGUUGAUAGAAGUCCUUAGAUAGAUAUUGUGAUUGUAACUGGCCUCAGCAGUUUGAGCAUGGUUAGGAAAGUGAUUGUAAAGUUUCUAAAAUUUCCGAAAAACAUCGUGAAAGGAUCUUGUAAUAAAAAGAAUGUGAAAAAGAUAA